GUAACAGAGUGACGAAACGUGAAAUUAAAACAAACAAAAUUAUUCUUUACACUUAAUACUUAAUACAUUUAUUGCAACCAAUGUUUAAUUUAUUAUCCAUUUUUUUAAUGUGUCCUCUACAAUGAAAAUUUUGGGUACAGGGUGUCUCAAGUAGAAACUAUGACGCCAGCAUUAAUUUUUUAAUUUUAGGACCUACUUGAUGAUAGUUUGUCAUGCAUUGAGGACCGAUUGACUGGUCUUCAAGGACACCGGAUAUAGUUCUGUUAGAUUAUGAGGGCUAUUUAAAGUUUAAAGUUGAUGUGAAUAGACUAAAUAAUGUUGAUGAUUUAAAACAAAGAAUUCGACAAGCAAUUAGACUGAUCGCUCCACAAUUUCUGUACAAGGAAACUAGAGACAAGGAGACUGAUGCUAAACGUGUGUACCCAAAAAAAAGCGAAAACUAGUUUCCGAAAGUUGCCACAUCUGAUCAGCGAGACCCACCUUUUGAUAAUGUUAAUGAUAAUGAUAAUGCGAUUUUCGGCAUUUUCAAGUAUGGGCAUGCCAUUCUUUGAUGUCUGUUAUUAUGUUUGGCUACCAUUAAAUGAUGCUACUGCACUACAGGAGCCAAUAGUCAGCGAUCUAUGCAUAUUGGACAAGUGGUGGCAUUUAGAAGAUCAACUAAUUCAACCAAUUAACUCAAGGAAGGCAGAGCUAGUUUUUUUCAAUAAGUUAUACCCUUCCUUUAAGAAAGGAAAAACCACCAGUGAGGUAAUUUGCAAUAUGUGCAAUUCUUCAAUAUCAAUUGCUCAUAAAGGCAAGCUUGAUAUUGAGACCCAUAUAAAUAAAGAAAAGCACAAACAAAUGUUAACAGCUCAAGCGGGAACUUCUGGCCUUCAAAAUUUUGUGGUAGCUUCCGGAGAAACCAAAUCAAUAAAAGCUGCUGAAGCCACAUUAGCUUUCCAUACAGUUUGCCAUCACCAAUCUUACAAGUCCAUGGAUUGUACAACCAAGUUAAAUAAAGCAAUUUACCAUGAUUCGGCAAUAGCCAAGAAGGUUACCUGUGGACGAACUAAGGUCGAGGCUAUUAUAAAUAGUGUAAUUGGACCAUAUACUCUUGAAAUGACUCUCCACUAAAUAAACAAAAACAGGAUUUCAUAUAUUGGUGUAGCUACAGAUGCAAGCAAUCAUAACGCACUAAAAAUGUUUCCAAUGCUGAUACAGUAUUUUGUUUAUAAAAAUGGAGGAAAUCAAACUAAAUUAUUAGACAUUAGGAGUGCUCCAAACGAAACAGCAGAAACAAUUUGUUAUUUAAUUUUAGAUACGCUUAAAAAAAAUAAUUUAGAAAAAAAAUGUGUCGCAUUCUCAGGGGAUAGUUGCAAUACAAAUUUUGGUGGCAUAGGCAGAAAAGGUCAAAAUAAUGUUUUUAAUAAAUUAAAAUCUAAAGUUAAUCAAAAUUUGGUUGGUGUAGGUUGUCCCUCUCAUGUAAUCAAUAAUGCAGUGCACCAUAGUUGUGACAAAUUAAAAGUUGAUAUAGAAACCAUAAUUCUUAAAAUGUCUAUCCUAACUAUUUUAGUAUUUAUACUGUACGAGUUGAAUCACUAAAAGAAUUUUGUGAAUUUGUGGGCACAGAACAUGAGACUCUUUUAUAUUACUCUAAAACUAGAUGGCUAUCUUUGUUUCCCGCUAUUGAAAGGGUUUUAAAAAUGGUUUACGCUCUCAAGGCAUAUUUCUUGUCUCAAGAUGAUGUUCCUCAUAUACUUAAAUCAUUUUUUGAAAACGAUUUUACAGAGGCCUAUCUUUUUCUUGUCCAUUCUUUGAUGUCUGUUUUCCAUACAAAUAUAGAAAAGAUUGAACGUCAGAACAAUUCUGUAGUGGAAACAAUGGCAAUUUUAGAAAAUGUUAUUUUUACUUUAGAAGAAAGAGCAGCUAUCAAAUUCAUUCCUUUAAAAGUUCGAGAAAUUUUUAAUAAGUGCAUUGAAAAUGGUUUAGAACGCGAAUGUGACCAAAUAAAAUUAGAGUUAUUUGAUUUGUAUAAUAAUUCAAUUCAAUAUUUAAAAAACUGGUUCAAACCAUUUGAAGAAUUCCAAUGUUUCAAAUGGAUAAGCUUAAAUGAUAUUACUAAUUAUGAUUGGGACAGGGACGUUAUGCCCUCAUUAGUAUAUUUAACAUCAAAAGGUGUCGAAAUCGAUGACACUAAAUUUUUUGAUGAAUUUUGUAAACUUAAAAAAAUAUAUAAUGAAAAAGUUUGACUCUAAUGACCACAAUUUGCCUACUAACGAAAAUACUUUAAUGAGAGAAUUUCUGAAGAAAUAUUUUCACAAUUACUAAAAGCACCCGAAUUUCUUUUUGCAAUCCCAUCUCACAAUGACAAUGUGGAAAGAAUAUUUUCACUUAUCACCGCUCAGUGGACCAAAGAAAGAAAUAGACUGCUUUUAUCUUCUAUCUUAUGACUACCUAUAAUUUCAAAUAUAUGAUUUGUUUAGAGUUUUAUGAUUUUAUGCUUUUGCCAGAAAAUUUAACUCUUUUAAACAAAAUACAAAGCAGUGAAAAGUAUCUUUAAAGUGAUUGAAUUAUUUUUGUUUUGUUAUUGAAUUAUAUGUGUACUUUGUAACUCAGUUUCUAAUAAAGUUUAUUAAGUAUAAAUAAAUAAAACUUUUAA